UUUAAAAAGAAUAUGGCCGUGUUAGGCCCAAAUGUUAGUGUAAAUAUGAACGGUCAUAAUAAUAUUCAUAGUCAGUUAACAAAAUCCUUAGAACGAAUUUUGGAAGACGCUUGUUUAAGUGGUGAAUUAAAAUUGAGCGGACGUAAGUUGCGGGAGUUUCCAAAACCAGUGAAGUUUGACUUGAGUGAUACAGUUAUUGCUGAUUUAUCAAAAAACCGAUUUUGUGAAUUGCCUGAUGAAGUGACCACAUAUAUAUUUUUAGAGAAGUUAUUACUAUCACAAAAUAUUAUAAGGAGUUUACCUGAUGCCGUUGGAGGCCUUCAGUCACUUACAUAUUUAGAUUUAAGUUCAAACCAGCUCACGGAGCUACCACGUGAAGUAUGUCAGAUGCCACUACAAGUGCUGCUAGUGCAGGACAACAUGCUGCUCAGUCUGCCCAAAGAGAUUGGCAAGAUGACGACGCUGGCCGAGCUCGACGCUUCGAACAACAGACUGACGCAGGUGCCGAUGACGCUGGGUGAUUGCACCGGCCUCAGGUGUCUCGAUCUGAGCAAUAAUCAACUUGGAUUGCUGCCACUGCAAAUCACAUACCUCCGCCUAGAGCACCUAGAUGUAAGCUGCAAUUGUAUCUCAUCCCUACCCCUGGAGCUUCGCAAUAUGUCGUCCAUCGUCACGUUAAACCUGGAUAAUAACCCGCUAGUUUCACCACCUACCACUAUAUGCAUGCGCGGGCGCGUGCACAUAUUCAAAUACCUAGAGAACAUGGCGAAUAAAGACUCGCUAGCACACCGUCGGGUGGAUGACACCCGACGUUCCACAAAACAUACGUCUUUCAACUCGCCCGGACAAGCGCAGAUCACGUCUGGUAACGCCACCAUUGACUGCUUGAGGCAUAAACCCAGGCAUGUAGUUGAUAGCGGAUAUUGUACGGAUGGCGUGGAUAAGAGGUGGUCGAAUGAUGCUGGAGGCGAAGCGGGUGGAGGGUCAGGCCGGUCGACGCCAAGCACGCCAUCAACACUAUCACCAGGCGCGGCAUUAUCCCGCGCGCAGUCCCUGUCCAGCGAGUCCCCCCUCGCGCCCCUCACGCCCAUCCUCACCGGCGUCCGUAUAUCACCCGAAGGGAACGGCGAGGAUAAGAGUAAAUUAGCACAACAACAGACAUACAGACAAUACAAAGAAGCCCUAAGACAGCAACGCCAGCAAGACGUGUACCGCCCCCGCACCGACCAGCCCUCUCCAGAACUAGACUCCUCGCCCCAAUCCCAAAACCAAAGUCCGGUGCACUUCCAGAAGUCCAGCUCGCCCGUUAACGGUUACAGUAAUGUAUCGUACAAUAGAUCCCUUUCAUCAAACUCCCCCAACAAUUCCAACGUGCCAAACUCCCCCCUCCUACACUCGACCCCGCGGAGGUUUCAGAGCCAGAACGGUGUUGAAAAAAUAGAAGAAAACAAACGGCCAGUACAAAAGGUCGUUCCGUCUAGAAAUGUUGCCAAAACGUUCACACCAAUAAACGGAAACGUUGAUUACACGCGCGUCAACGGUUCGGACGCUACAGUGUACGCUAAACCGACGUCACCGACAAAAUCUCCAACCAACACGCUAGGCUAUAAGUCGAAUAUUCCAAGGCAGAAUGGAGACGCGAAAUUGUUAACAACAUCGGUGUCGUAUUUGAAAGGUGGUGGAGCGAAGCCGCCGAACAAAAUGGCGUGGAAUAAGGACGCGGUGACCGAUAAGCUGAGCUUCACUAUGAAGAGGGAGUUCGAUAAGCAAAAGGAAGAGUCGGAUCUGUUGCACCAGUUGAGAACGAUAAUCGAGAGUCGUCUCAAGAUGUCGCUGCCGGAGCAGCUGGCGCCGGUGCUGGCGGACGGUGUGGUGCUGUGCCACCUCGCCAACCAGCUGCGCCCGCGCGCCGUCGCCUCCGUGCACGUGCCCUCGCCCGCGCAGCCAAAGCUUACAAUGGCGAGAUGUCGAAGGAACGUUGACAACUUCUUGGAGGCGUGUCGGAAGAUUGGCGUCGAAGAGGACGCGAUCUGCUCGCCAGAGGACAUUCUGUGCCACCACCCGGAGCUCCAGGGCGCCGGGGGCAGCACAUUGGUCCCUCUCUCGCACACGAUCGCCGCCCUGGAACACGCGCACCGCAUGGACCCCCCCGACGCCUUACACCUCACCUACGAGCCCCCCCACGCCAGGUACAGCGACGACAGGUACAUAGCCAAUUUUAAUUACACCAUCGACGAGCUGGACGAAGAUGACGCAUACCCAGAAGCGUACAACAGGAUACAAUUCGUCACGCCGUUCUGCAAACGCGGAGGUCUAUUAACGGGAGAGAAUAUGGAAAUAUACGACACGGAUGAAGUCGAUUUCCCAGUUGCCAUGCGAGAGGAAGACCUCCAGAGAUACGACCGGGGCAAAAUGAACCUCGACAUCGAGGACAAUUUGAACGCGAUGGUCCGAGAGACCGCCAAGGAAUUUGAGAAUCGAAUUUUCUUCACGGUCCUCUGUCUCGGAAGCUUUAUUGUAUCCACUAUUAUUCUUAUUAUCUAUCCUCUGUAAUUAAUUGUAAGGUUUUUGGAUAGUAUCGCUGUGUAAUGUUUCGAUUGUCACAAAUUUGCCUUAUUAACAGUGUAACUGUGAUCCGUUAACGUGAGGCUAUUGAGAAUUGAUCGUUGAGACUGAUGAAAUGAUUAGUAUUGCAUUCAAAGGGACUUUGUCCUGAGUUAAGUUCGGUUUGACAGUAUUAGGAGCAUAUCAUGCGAUCGUGGCUAGAUUGUUUUUUCGUUUUUUUCAAACAAUGUAUGAAUGGAAUUUAUUAGAAAUAUAUUGCAUUUUGCGCUUUAACGUUCUUUUAGGUACUUACUGACAUGUUCCGAUUGUAGUUUCUGGCUAAAUAAGGUUAUGCACAUUAUUAAUGUCGGCACUGUAGAGGAUUUUCUGAUAUGAACUAAAUGUUGUUUACGCUUGUCUUUUAAUAAUAUAUUUCUCAUUGAAAUUUGUAUCUUUAUACUAACCGUCUGUUAUAGUUUUAAGAUAUAUUUGAUUCAUUCCUAAUACAGGCAUUUCGGUAGAUAUAGUGUUGCGUUUGUGUAAAUUGCUUUUUGAUUGUUUACGGGAAAAUGUUUUGUUUGCUUGAUUUUAUUUUCGAAGGAUCUCAGUUUUGGUUGACAUAAUUUAUUGUGUAAGUGUACAUUUAUGUUGUUCUUUUUCAACGCUUCAAUUACGUAAUUCACUUAAGAAAACGCCGGUAAUGGAUCAAAAUACGCCAAAUAAAGUUCCUAAAGAUAAAAUUGAUAGAGACAUUUAGACAUCACUUUACUGGUAGUGUUCAUAUAACAAUAAGACAAUGGUGCUUUACAACGCUGUUUCUUAUUUGAAUUAUGUAAUUUGAGUUCUUUACAAGGUUUGGUGCAUUUAUAUUCACAUUGUAGUAUUGCACUUAAAAAUUUAAGGGUUUUAUACGUUAUAGGUGUUAGACAUUAAGUUUUAUCUACAAGCUAUGAGAUGCGAAUGGUAAUUUUGAAGAAAUAUAUUCUAAAUUUUACUGCCGAUUCGUAGGAUGCACAUUUUAGCUAGUUAAAACAUAUCGUUGGUUCAAUUUUAUACGAUUUUUGAAAUUAAAUAUGCUGGGCCCUUCAAAUAAUCCG